GGGUGCUGCGUGCAGGGAUCCAUCAGCAGAAGAUGCGGCUCGGUACUUUUGUAAGUCAUGCUGGUCCGCUGCCCUUUCUGCUUCUCUUGCUUCUCUCUGACGUCGCCUCGGCACUCGACGAGAGAGAGAUAGCCAGGCGCAACACGGACCAGCUGCUGCGGCUCUUCCCUCUCUACGGUGACGACGGCUACUACGAUCACCUCGGCAAUGACACCACCAGCACCAGCUCGCGAGAAUACGGCGAUGGUCUGCAGGGAGUCAGGCGGCGACGAAGGCGGCUGGCGCCACUCGACAGCCUGCAGCAGAGGACGCACCUGCUCUACUCCCACCCUCUGCCAGGCUCCGAGCUUGUCAGCGCCUACACAACCAUCGCUUGGCGCGUGGACCAAGCACUCAGGCAAGACAGCAUCUACAACAAGAUGACUGUCGUGGGCGAAAUCUCGGGCGGCCACCCUGACGGCGAGACCCUCUUGCUUAGCGACGGCAAGACGUUCAUGUUUGUGCCGGCGGUGCCAUUCCAGCCUGGCGAGAAGGUGACGCUCACGGUGGCUGCGGGCGUCUUGACGGCGGCUGGGCAGACCUUGCCUGAGGCGACGUGGAGCUUCCACAUGUCGCAUCGCCCUCUUGACACGUACUUUACCAAGGUGGUGCCGCUUGGGAUGCCAGACGGCGACAGGGCAGCCACGCCGCCCGAUGUCAGGGAGACGAUUCGGGUAGCGCAGGAGGGGUCCCUGGUGAGGAGGGGCCCUCUAGGUACCCCUGACGACGUGACCCACCGAGCCCUCCAGGAUGAUGAGGGUGAGAUUGAGAUGGAGGACGAGACCGACGAGACCCCGCCUCCAGCCGCAGACACAGAGACGGCCGAAGAACAAGAUGCCGAGGGCCAGAGCGGGUCGAGGGGGAGCAACAGCAGCAGCAGCACCACCACCAAGCAUCAAUACGUCUUCCCCGACCACAGGUACCGCACCCUCCCUGUGGACUUCCCCCGAGGCACCCUCACCGUCCACGGCGACAUCGCCAAGCUGGCGUCGGGCUACAUCUGGACGGCCCACCUGGUCAACGACAACUACCCCACGCUCGACGUGAUAAUCACCGACUUCGGCGACCCUGUCUACUACGGCGGCAAGCUGUCGUAUUUUGCGCCGUCGGCGAAUGGGAGCCAGUUCAUCUCAAAUCAGUACGGCGAUGCGGCGGUGGUGGUCGGGGAGGACUAUAAGGAGGUGGGCCAGUUCGGCGUGCAACAUGGACUCAGUAAGCGACCGAGACAAAAAGACAGACAGACAGACACUCCAUCGACGUGCGUGUCCGUUGGUUGAUUGACUGACUGCAGCCCUUAACCAGCACGAUCACAUGAUCCUGAAGAACGGCAAUGUCAUGCUCUUCAUGUGAGUCUGCGACUCGAUCGACAGAUACCCGCCGUGCCCACGAUUGGUGCUGUGUGUGAUAAUGUCGAUCAGCUACGACGCUCACCAGAUCGACGCUACAAAGCUGCGGCCAGAGCUGGAGGGGGCGACCCAAACCACUUGGGCGGUGGGGCUCGUGCUGCAAGAAAUCAACCCUGAAGGUGCGUAUGCGGAGGGACGUGACAUACACCUGGAUGGAGGGAUGGACGGUCGGUUGUGUGUGGCAGGUCGGUGUGUGUUGGAGUGGCGGAUGUGGGACCACAUGCCCAACGCAUGGCAGGACACAGACAACCCCGUGCGCUUCAACAUUUGGGACAUCGCACACGGCAACAGCGUCGACGAGAUGCACAAUGGCGACCUUCUCGUUUCCAUGAGAGCCCUCAGCGAAGUACUCGCCAUCGAUCGGUAGGUAACCUCCACACCACACCGCACCACUGUGCACACACAUGCACAACACACACAAUUCACUCCUCUCUCCCUCACCUGGUCCUCUCAGCAACACGGGCGCUGUUCGGUGGCGGCUGGGCGGCAAGCGAAGCUCCUUCACCUUGGUGGGCGACACCAACCAGCACUUCACUGGCCAGCACGACGUGCGAGAGCUGGACGAGAACGUCAUCACCGUGUUCGACAACGCCGUCCGCACAGGCAACACGCACGCACGUGCGAUGGACUACUCAUUGGAGUUCGACAGUGACGGCACCCCGAGGGUUGCGCGUGUCAAGAGCACGUGGGACAGCGGGGUGCGCGCUUACGCCAAGGGGAGCUACCGACGGCUGGGAAAUCGGAACAGGGCAGUGUGUCUGGGGUUCGACGUGGCCGACGAGUUUGACCCCAACGACCAGACCGUUCAAAAGGAAAACAUGGUCGGCAACCCCUUCUAUGUCGAGGUGAGGACGGUACGCACAUCGGGCGGAUGCUUUCACACAUCUCCACCCUCUGUGUGUGUGUGUGUGUGUGUGUAACUCAUGGGCAGACUGACCCCUCCGGCGUGUGGCUGAUCAGCAUGAAGUGGCACGGCGCAUCCCACGGCUACCGCAGCAUCAAGGCGGGGUGGACGGGGCGGCCGUCAUGGAAACCCGACGCCCUCCUCAACGCCGACAACCCGGCCAACACUCUCCGCUUCCACUUCAGCUGGAACGGGGCGACCGAGGUGGUCGAGUGGCGGGUGAUGCGGGGCGUGAACCACGACGACAUCAGCGAGUAUGUGGAGACCAUCCCCCGGACGCAGUUUGAGCACUGGGUGGACAUCAGCGACGAGGACGGCCGGCUGCGGUGUGUGCACUACCAGGCUGUGGCGGUGGGCAAGGAUGGCAAGGACAUGGCCUACUCCAAUGUGGUGCCCUCCUGGGGAUGCAGCGGCCAGGCAGGCCAGCAGUGAUUGAUUGAUCGGACCGGCUGACGUGACGAUCCCAAUGAAUGAAGGAAUUGAUGAAUGGGGGCAAGACAGGAAGGUGACUCUUUUUGCUUGCCCUGGCUGGGCUGGGCUGGCUCUUACUUAUGUUUGCUCGCCUCGCGUGUGUGUCCAUGUCAUGUAGGAAUCUAUCUGCUUUUGCAUUGCAUUGCAUUGCAUUCAUUGUGCUGUGCGUGGGGGUGUGGUGUCUGUCUGGUGUGUGCUGUGCGGGGUUGGGUUGGGUUGGGGGGCGUGUGUGUGGUGGUGUGUAAGGUAUGUGUCUCUCUCGCCUCGCGUGUACUAUUUAUUUCGUAUCUAUCGUAUUCAGCCAGGUCUAUCGUGUAUAUCGAUCGCUGCAGACACACAGACAGACAGGCUUUGUUUGGUCGUGCGUGUAUUCCUUGGCUGUGAAUGUGCCGUUCCUGCCCCCUAGAAAGGUGGAUCGGAUCACAGCGUGUUUGUCUGUCUCCCAUUUCUAUGUAUGUUUAUGUGUGUCUGUCUCCGUGUAUGGGUCCGUCUUCCCGCAGGUAUGAAGUAACUGUCUAUACUUGUAUGUGGGUUUUCUGUCUGUAUUUGUUGUCGGUCGACAGGACAGCAUAGAUAUAGCAUCGGCUGGCCUGGAGAGCGGGAGGGAGGGAGGGAGGGAGGGAGAGGGGGCCGGCUAGGCUAAGCCAUCCUUUCGUAUCUGUCUGUCGCCCUAUCUAUUUGUCGUCAGUCAGUCAUUGAAAGAUAGAUACUAUACACAUUGGAGGGUAUCCAGGCAGGGGGAGGCAGGCAAGGUCUGUGAAUGAUCAUACUAACGAAGGUGCGGCGUCUCUCUGGAUUAACCAACCCGCAAAUUUUAGGUGUCUGUCUGUCUGUCUGUCUGUGUGUACCGUACGUAGCGUGUGUGGGAUUGGAUGAGAGAGGGGUGGGGGCCUUGUCGGUCGGCGGUUUUGUGUUAGUACGUCACAACGACGCGAUGGCAGCAGAGAGGCAGACCUUUCAUUCAUUUUAGCCGCACUAAUGUGCGUUUCGGUCGUGUCUGCUGCAUGCUGGCUGAAGUCAAGGCGCUGCUGUGGGUGUGCGGUGUUUUCGCGGCCAGCAGGCAGAGUGACUGACUGACUUACUGGGUGGCCCGGGUGGGUAACAAUGACUGACAUCUGUCUGUCUGCAGUGUUACUGUAUGUAUGUAUGAGUGUCUGUCUGAGGUGGCGUGGCGUGGCGUGUGUGUGUGUGUGUGGCUUGCAUGAAUGCAAUGAAUGCCUGCCUAUUUAACAUCCUAUCUCAGUGUACAUGACGCGUGGGAUGGAUGGACCACUCGAUUCAUCGACAUGUCGUUCAAUCGGUGUGGUGUUUC